AUGGCAACGAAAGCAGUAGCUAAAGCGGCAGAUACCGCCGUCGAGGGUAUUGCGCGCAAGGCGCCUUUCAGACUGGGCCAGAAACAGGUCUACCUGCCGAAUCACAUCAUAACCUUCCUCCGCCCCAAGGAAGGCCAGUCGCCCACGACCGCCACCUUCCAGGUGCCCCUCACCUUCAACAAGCUCGACUUCCGCGACUACCUGUACAACGUGUACGACGUGGAGGUGAACUCGGUUCGGUCCUUCAUCAACCAGAAGAGGCCUCAGCAGCGAUCCCUCGGCGGCAUGGGCGGGCGGUGGUACCGGCCGCGGUCGCAGAAGCUGAUGAUUGUGGACCUGAAGAAGCCCUUUGUGUGGCCUGAGCGGCCCGCCGAGGAGGACAUGGCGCCCUGGGACCACGCGCUGUUCAAGAACGUGGAGGGGGGCCAUGAAAAGGACGUUUCUGAGGCGGAGAGGAGGGUGCGAGGCACGCCGGUGCUGCGGAUGUACGACGAGAAGGACCUGGACCGGGCCAGGCUGGCGAAGCGGGCCAAGGAGCUGCUGGAGGGAAAGAGGAAGUGGACGCCGGGCUCGGAGUGGGGCGAGCUGGAGACUACGGCGGGGGCGACAAGUGAAAAAGAUGUAAAGAGGCCAUGA